AUUUUUAAUAAAGCAUCACAAUUUUGACUGAUUUCAAAGACAAUCGGACAAAUUAUCUAUAAUUAAGUACGUAAACUGAAACACUUGAAAAUUGUCUUUGCAACACGGUGUGCUGUCUGUGAUAAAACAUGACCAUCGCUACCGGUACUCCAUUAGAAUGAAUGGACAGGAACAAAAGGGAGGCUGCUCAAAGUGCUUCACAAGGAAAAGUGUGAUCUUGUCAUGUUUCCUCCUCUGCCUUGCCCUGACGUUCGUAUCACUUUCAGGAACAUACUUCACCUCGCUUGUUGUUGUCCCAACUAAACAAAUCUACCAGAGGAUAUGGGUACCUAAAACUGAGAGUUCUGUUGACAGCAUGAGUCAAGUGAUACCAACCUCUGCUGCAACCCGUUUAUCCCCGCCUAGUCGAAAUCUGUCAUCCCUGCCAAAAACACCGAAUGCAACAUCAAAAAUACACACAACAGUACAACCACCGGGUGUGGUCAAAUUGUUGACAAAGGCACCAACAAAACCGAAGCUGAAGGAUGAUGGCCCACCAAUUCCACCCAAGCUUGAAGCUUGCAAACUUACAGGCUUAGGUACAGUUCCAGUUGAUAUAAAAGCCCACGAGAUCUCAGAAAUUGAAAAGAAGUAUAGAGAUGUGCGCCAUGGCGGAGUGUGGAAGCCGUACGACUGCCUGCCGUUGGACCGAGUGGCUAUACUUGUACCAUACAGGGACAGAUUUGAAAAUCUUAAAAUAUUCUUAAACCAUAUGCAUGGAUUUUUACAAAAACAAAAACUACAGUAUGGAAUAUUUGUGGUAGAGCAGGGUGACAAAAAACAGUUUAACCGAGCCAAACUUAUGAAUGUAGGUUACGUGGAAAUCCUAAAACUAGGGGACUACAACUGCUUUGUGGUUCAUGACAUAGACAAACUGCCAGAUAACUCGGAAAAUGUCUACACAUGUCAGGACGCGCCAAAGGCUAUGAUGGUCAGCCAUAAAGCUCAGAAUGAAAAGUCAUAUAAAGGGUUGUUCUACAUGGGCUACUUCGGCGGUGUGUCUGCUGUUAGUAAAGACCAGUACAAGAAAAUCAAUGGUGCAUCCAAUAUAUUCUGGGGUUGGGGUGGAGAAGAUGAUGAUUUCUACAGAAGGGUGACCUCAAUAAAAAAAGUGACAUAUUUAAGUCAAAAGAUCGGGCGGUACACUGUGCUGAGCCACCAUGAUGAUAUGCACUUAAAUAAAGAUAGAUUCCGGUUAUUAUCGGGAAGGGAGUUCAACAAACGUCAUGGAAGAGAUGGUCUGAAUAGCCUAAGUUACAAACUGGUGGAGGUGAAAGCUGAACCACUGUACACACGGAUUACGGCUGAACUCUGAGGAAUGUGUGAAUCCCUGAAUACACCAGAUCUCGGUCAGUUGGGGUACUAAUUCACCAGGGUGUGGAUUUUAGAGAUUAAAUAAGAAAAACUUAGAAUAAGUUUGUGUGUGUUCAUCAAGGAGUAGCGGGAUGCUAUUUCAAGAUUGUCAAACCAAUUUUCCAGAAAAUGUCCAGUGGUUUUUUUAUUGAUUUAUUGAAUAUACUUUACCAGUAAAGAGCAGUAGAAGCAUUCUAAGAAUCUCAAAAAUAUGAUAUCAUGCGUUUAGUUUUACCAGGGUAUAGAGUGUCCAUAGGUAUUGUAGUAUAUCUGAUGGAGAAACUACAUGUAGGAAAAGUUAUCAGUCGCUGCAGCAGUAAACUGGCCUUUAUUUUCAUGACAGCUUAAAACAUGUUGAAAUUGAUACUCAUAGCUGCUUGUUAGCUAUAAUCUGAGAUUUAAGUUUUACAGAAUCAAUCAUGACACAGUAGAAAUGACCCACAUUUGCCGCACUGAAUGUCUAUUAAUCUUCAUUUUGAUUACUUGGCAGACAAUUUCCAAUGACUGGAAGAAAAUAAGUACAUGGUUUUGGACUAAGGUCGAAUUUCACGGUAUUCAGCUGGAAAAAAAAUGUGUUCACUUGAAUUGUAUUUAUUGUGGAAAAAACUUGUGCGUUAUUAAUCAAAUAUAUGUCUAGUUUAAGAAUUACUCUGCCUGGUGAUCACAGCAUGAAUGUGUUAAAAGCCCAAUGACAAGGGAUUUAAUCAGCUGUUUUAUGUUAUUCACCAUGUUAUCUACAGUUUACUUCCUUAAGCAACAGUAGUAAGGGGACUAUACUGGCAGCAACUAGGUAGGCAAGAUAAAGUUAGACAAAGUCGCCAAUAGGGGUCUCUCCCAUCUCAUAGUAUGUUGAAAUUAUUGACGCUUGUACGAGGAAUAUACAUAGUGCUGAAUCAAACAUGUCCCAGUGCCCUUACUGUCAUAUUAAUCACCUAUACAAUAUGGCCAAUUCGAACCCCCUACUCCUGCCUAUAGUCCCCCUUUAAUGAUGCCUGAGGAGUUUUUGUUUGUUUGGCCAAAUUGUCUUGUCUUUUAUACUGAACUGUUUUAUUAUGUAAAGAAUCUCAAUUAUUGUUAUUGUUGUUUUGUGACUUGUCGUAAAUACCGCCUCCAAAAAAGGAGAUGAAGCCAUGCAUACUCAAGACAUAAAGAAGAGGCAUGGUAUUGUCCUAUUGAGUGCACUAAACAUCAUUUUGAGGGUGAUUUACCGAUACCUCCAUCAUGUCAGACUACAUGAUUCUACUCAUAUUUCAUGCAUUCAGUAUGUUUUACUACUUAAUUCUAAUUCAAAAUGACAGUGGAUUGGAGCGUUUUCUCUCGUCACCAUGACCAAUGCGUUUAGAGAGCACUGGGGAAACUAGCUCACCGGUUUGUGUGAAUGCAGUUGGUAAACAUGAGUGCAUUGAUUAUAAAAUCAUUCAAACUAACAUGCCUGAAACUGAGUUAAUUUGUAAAUAAGCUUAAAGCGUCACAAAAGUUGGCCAUUUACAGAGGCUUAGAUGAGAAUAAUACAUACUAUGAUCACUGUUAAGACAUACAAAUUAAGUUUCUUGCAGGGCUGGUGGUAUGUAGAGGUGAUUUGAAGUUCAUUUACAAAUGGAUUAUAGAGUAGAAUGUAAAUCGAACACAAAAAAAUAUUUUGUCAAUCACUGAUCACAGACAGUCAUCAUUCUAAACUGUGUGUACCUGAGGGAGAAUGUAAAAGUACAUAAUGGAUAAAGUACAAACCUUUUUUUACUUUUGGUUCUAAUCUGUGUCAAGUGAGUUGUUGAUCCAAAUGUGAUAUGACAUGCAUAAACCAUAUGAGGCAGCCAUUAUUGACGUGGUUGCCAUUAUAUCAUGCAUUGCCAUUGUCUUUUAUCAAAAACUCGUAAAUUUGAAUUUCAUUUUGGUUUUAUCUGAUCAUGCUCUUCUCAUGACAUGUAAGGGUGCAAUACAUCAUUAUGUACAUACUUUGUCUAUUUAUCUCCAUUUUCUUAUGCCUCACUGCACAUAUUUUGGUGUAGUAUAAAUAAGUUGCAUUUAUGUAAUGGUCCUACCCUGACCGUCUGGUUGUGACUUUGUCCUCAAAGACUGAUUUGAGUUGGGGUAAUGGAAAGCAUAAUCAGACAUCACAGAAUCUCUCUUUGUAAAACCAAGUCAUUGGUUAUUUGUUUUGUGUUCUCCUCACAACAGUGGACGUCGGCUCAGCUGUCCUUUUUUUGAAGAAACAGAAAUUAGGGGUAUAUUUUUACAUACUUUUGUGGAACUUUUGCAUCAUGUGAUUAGAACACUUUAUUCAUUCUAUCUUCUGAAAAACCUGGUCAUGGUUUCCACUGAUUACCAUGUUUAUAAAGACACCUUAUGUGCAUGCAUCAGUAGCAAGUGCAUUGAAACAAGCAGGAAAUAGUCCUGCAUCGUUAUAUGUUCAUGCCAAGAAAAGAUUGUUCGAAUAGGAUAUAUGUUGCACUGGGAGAUGAUACAGCUGAAACAACAACACAGUGUGUGCAAGUUAACCUGAUGACACUACUGAAGCCAAUCUAUAACUGAAGCCCAGUACAAUGAAAAUCAUGUGAAGGUCUAAUGCACAUGGCUAUACCAAGUUUAUUGGUGUAAAUGAAACUAAGAGAAGGUAUGAAUUUAAUUGGUACAUGUACAUGUAACUUUAUUUCUAUAUAAAUUAAAUUGGAACAUGUAACACUUUA